UUGAAGUGAAUGUUAUGACAACAAAGAAAAUGCAACAGUUUGUUGGUAUAACAGUGAUCUUAUUGGUAAUUUUAUUAAAAUGGACCGAAGCCUUCAAAUUGGUGUGUUAUUAUGACAUAUCUAGUGCCAGCAAAGUGGGCCCAGCAAAAUUUACUUCUAAAGAUAUGGAAUUUGCCUUGAAUCUAUGUACUCAUGUUGUAUAUAGUUAUGUGACUAUAACUCCAGAUAAAUUAUUACUUACGGUCCAAACGCCCGAACAAGAACAGGAACUAGCCAAUAUGAAAAAAUUUAAAAAUAAAUAUCCCAAGGUUAAGUUUCUUCUAAGUUUAAGCGGUGAAAGGAGUAGUAAAACAACGAAAAGUUUUUUACGACUUUUAGAAGAUCCACCGGCAACGAAAAUGUUAAUUAAAUCUCUUAUGGAAGUGUUAAUCAAAUAUAAAUUUAAUGGUUUAAGUUUGGAUUUGCCCUUACCUACAGUGUUGCCUACUAAACCGCUACGCGCUAAAGUUUGGGAUUUUUUGAUAAGCCUUUUUAAAAUGGAUCAUUUUAAUAAUGAUCUUAAAUAUAUAGAACACAAAGAUCAGCUAACGGUUCUGAUAGAACUAUUAAAAGCCAACUUUAAGGAAUACCAGCUUAUGCUAACUUUAAACGUAUUACCAAAUGUCGAUUCGAAAAAAUAUUUUGAUAUUCCCGAGAUUAUGAAAUAUUUGGACUUUGUAAUACUUUCGGCAUUUGAUUUUUUUACACCUCAACGUAAUUCCCUAGAAGCUAAUUUCAUGUCACCUACAAAAUUUAUAAAACCCACAACACUUCUAUAUAAUCGUGAUACGUCUUUGCGAAAUAUUUAUGAUUUUUAUACAUUCUGGCAUUCGCAAAAUGUUCACCGAUACAAAAUCGUUAUUGGCAUUGCUGCUUACGGCCGUUCUUGGAAAAUGACCAAAAACUCGAAUAGCAAUGGUGUGCCUCCCGUUUACUAUACCGAUGGUCCUGCUUCGGCUGGUCCAUAUACCUAUACGCCCGGUUUUCUAUCGUAUCCUGAGAUAUGUGAAAAAAUACGUUCUUCCAAGUUAAAAAAAGUAACUGAUCAUAAAGUGAAAUCUGUUUAUGCUUUUCUUCCAGCCAAUAAAAAUAAAUUUGGUAUUUGGAUUAGUUAUGAGAACUAUAAGACGGCCGGUUCGAAAGCUGAUUUUAUUCGAAAUAAUAAUUUGGGUGGUAUUGCCUUAAUAGAUUUGAGUUUGGAUGAUGUACAUGGUGAGUGUGGUGGUGAAAAAUUUGCUAUAUUGAAAUCAAUUAACUAUAGAUUGACUAGAAUAUUAUCUUAAAAAUAACUACAAAAUGAGAUAUAUUAUUGUUAUUGUAUUUAACAUGUCUAAUUGAAUAAAUUUCAUAUUUACCUA